AUGGAUGGAUCGGCGAGACGAGCGCGCGCGCAUUCGCGCGCGCCAGGGGCGCCACUCGCGAGCGCGAGAAGCUUCGCGUCUUCGGCGGAACAACCGGCGCCUAAGGAAGAUGAAGCUACCGAGGUGGCGAACGUAAAACGUUUGGACGACCCUCCGCGCGGUGCGUCGCAAGGAUCGUACAUGCUCUUUCACCCGAUGUACGACUUGAGACAAGUGGAGAAUGUCAAGCCGGCGCAUCGCAAGCCAAAGUGGGCGUCGGAUUACCUCGCGUACGGGCUCGUGCAGAUCACGCGAUGGGGUUUCGAUAAAGUCACGGGGUACUCGCCGAAGAAGGCGCUCUCUACGGACCAGUGGCUCGCGCGAUUCAUCUUUCUCGAAACUGUGGCGGGCGUGCCAGGAAUGGUGGGCGCCAUGUUGCGACACAUGAUGAGCCUGCGGACGCUGAAGCGGGACCACGGUUGGAUUCACACCUUGCUCGAAGAAGCUGAAAACGAGCGCAUGCACUUGCUCACGUUCCUCAAGCUUCGCGAGCCAGGAUUGAUGUUCCGUCUCGCGGUGCUCGCGGCGCAAGGUGUCUUCUUCAACGCCUUCUUCCUCUCCUACCUCAUCUCCCCACGCGUGUGCCAUCGAUUCGUGGGGUAUCUUGAAGAAGAAGCGGUGCGCACGUAUACGCACGCGCUCCAUGACAUCGAUGGCGACGGUCAAGCGAGUGAAUGGGCGCGAAAGCCCGCUCCGAUGCUUGCCAUAAAGUACUGGCGCAUGCCCGAGGACGCCACCGUGAGGGACCUUAUCAUCGCCGUGCGAGCCGACGAGGCCUCGCACUCGCACGUGAACCACACGCUGUCGUCCAUGGGUAUCAGGCAGGCGAAUCCGUUCCACGUCGGACACACGGAGUUGCCGGAGAACUUUGUGGACCCGCCUCCUGGUUUCGUUCCGGAGCACUGCCGCUAG